AUGGCCGCUCUCGCCAGCUCCCUCAUUCGCCAACGCAGGGAGGUCAAGGACCCCCAGGCAAACCGGCAGAUUGCCAACAAGCGCAAGCCCUGCCCAAAGAGCAACAAGUCGCUCUGCCAGAAACAGAUCCUCAUAUUAAUAUCCAAGGUCCGACUAUGUGGCAGUCGAGGGAGAAAAAUGGAAAAAAGACCGGGUGAUUCGCCUCCGUACCCUCCCCGGCUCAGCAGAGGGGGUGGAAGACUGGAGCCCCAGCUGAAGGGUAUUGUCACACGGCUCUACUGCAGACACGGCUUCUACCUCCAGAUGCUGCCGGAUGGCACCAUGGAAGGCACAAAGGACGAAAGCAGCUCCUUCUUGCAGUUCAACUUGAUUCCUGUGGGGCUUAGGAUAGUGGCCAUCCAGAGCACCAAGACAGGGCUCUAUGUGGCCAUGAACAGCGAGGGCUACCUCUACACCUCGGAGCAUUUUACGCCGGAGUGUAAGUUUAAGGAGUGUGUGUUUGAGAACUACUAUGUGACCUACUCGUCCAUCCUGUACCGACAAACCCAGUCUGGCCGGGCCUGGUACAUCGGCAUCAACCGGGACGGGCAGGUCAUGAAAGGGAACCGGGUCAAGAAGACAAAGGGUGCCGCUCACUUCCUGCCCAAACUCAUUGAAGUGGCCAUGUACAGGGAGCCCUCGCUGCACGACGUGGCCGAGCAGAGCCCGCCCAGGAAAACGCCCAAGACCUCCACCGACUCGCCAGUGCUCCAGAACGGCAAGAAAGACCCUCCAUCCAAAACCAAAGCCUCGUCCUCCUAG